GACUUUCCCUUCGGCUCAGGCACUUGCCUGGCCACCCUGCGCGGCGGGGUCCUGAGGCACUUUGUGGAAGCGCUGCGAUUGGCUGCGGCGCGUGACUAACGCUUGGAUCCUGCACUGCUUGACAACCGCAGUCUGCGAGAGGCUGAGCUGAGCUGUUGCCCGCCUGGAGGGACAGGGGAGAGGAGGGACAAACUGAUGGAUUGACGCACGGGUGGCAGGAGGGAGGAAUUACGCCAAGCCCAGACUGCCGCCCUUGCACUCCCAUCCCAGCCGGAGCCAACCGCUUUGGGGGCCUUGUCGCUGGCCUUUCAGCCGCUUUCGCCUCUGCCGCUUCUCCGGACUAGACCGGAGCCUUUCAGGCUAUCAACAUGACGGCUGAAGAAACAGUGAAUGUAAAAGAAGUUGAAAUCAUUAAAUUAAUUUUGGACUUCCUGAAUUCAAAGAAGCUUCACAUUAGUAUGUUGGCCCUCGAGAAGGAAAGUGGAGUCAUAAAUGGCCUAUUUUCAGAUGAUAUGCUUUUCCUGAGGCAGUUAAUUCUUGAUGGUCAGUGGGAUGAAGUUCUUCAGUUCAUUCAGCCUCUGGAAUGUAUGGAAAAGUUUGACAAAAAAAGGUUUCGUUAUAUUAUCCUGAAGCAGAAGUUUCUAGAAGCUUUAUGUGUUAACAAUGCAAUGUCAGCAGAAGAUGAGCCCCAGCAUGUAAGAUUUUUAUUCCUGAAGCUGGAAUUUACCAUGCAAGAAGCUGUACAAUGUUUACAUGCCCUAGAAGAGUACUGCCCUUCUAAAGAUGAUUAUAGCAAGCUCUGUUUGCUUUUGACUUUGCCUCGUCUGACCAAUCAUGCUGAAUUUAAGGACUGGAACCCCAGCACAGCACGAGUUCACUGUUUCGAAGAGGCUUGUGUCAUGGUCGCAGAAUUUAUCCCUGCUGAUAGGAAGCUUAGUGAAGCUGGCUUUAAAGCAAGUAGUAAUCGUUUAUUUCAGCUUGUAAUGAAGGGUCUGCUAUACGAAUGUUGUGUGGAAUUUUGUCAGAGUAAAGCAACUGGAGAAGAAAUUACAGAAAGUGAAGUACUUCUUGGCAUUGACCUCUUAUGUGGUAAUGGUUGUGAUGAUUUGGAUCUGAGUUUAUUGUCAUGGCUUCAGAAUCUUCCAUCUUCUGUGUUCUCUUGUGCUUUUGAACAGAAAAUGCUUAAUAUUCAUGUUGACAAACUUCUGAAACCUACAAAAGCUGCAUAUGCCGAUCUUUUGACUCCUCUUAUCAGCAAACUUUCUCCUUAUCCAUCAUCCCCAAUGAGAAGACCUCAGUCAGCUGAUGCUUAUAUGACCCGUUCUCUAAAUCCUGCUUUAGAUGGACUCACCUGUGGACUGACCAAUGAUAAAAGAAUCUCAGACCUUGGGAACAAAACUUCUCCAAUGUCACACUCCUUUGCUAACUUCCAUUACCCAGGGGUACAAAACCUUAGUAGAAGUCUUAUGCUUGAGAAUACAGAAUGUCAUAGUAUUUAUGAAGAAUCCCCUGAGCAAAGUGAUACUCCCGUUGAGGCACAACGGCCUAUCAGCAGUGAAAUCAUGGGCCAGAGCUCAGUUUCAGAAAAAGAGCCUGCAAAUGGAUCACAGAACCCAGGACCUGCUAAGCCAGAAAAAAAUGAGCUUCGAGAUUCAACAGAACAAUUUCAAGAAUAUUACAGGCAAAGAUUACGCUACCAACAGCAUUUAGAACAGAAGGAGCAACAGCGACAAAUAUACCAGCAGAUGUUGCUUGAAGGAGGUGUGAAUCAGGAGGAUGGUCCUGAUCAGCAGCAGAAUCUUACUGAACAAUUCCUUAAUAGGUCCAUUCAAAAGCUUGGUGAAUUAAAUAUUGGAAUGGACAGCCUCGGUAAUGAGGUGCCAGCAGUCAGUCAGCAGUGUAAUGGGAACAAAGGCAAUGGAUCUAAUAAUUCCUCCAUGACGAGUUUUGCUAGCCCACCCCAAGACUCCAGUCAGAGAAUAAUACAUGAUGCUGCAAAUACUCAUACAAGCAUUCCUCAUAAUUCUGGAUCAACAAAUCACAUGCCUUUUCUUGAGGAAUCAUCGUCUUGUGGAAGCCAAGUCUCAUCAGAACCAUCGAUUGUUAAACCACCUCUUGGAGAUUCUUCAGGGAAACUAUCAAGGUCAAGAGGGGAAGAGGAUGACAAGUCAAAAAAGCAGUUUGUUUGUAUUAAUACUUUAGAAGAUACACAGGCUGUUAGAGCAGUGGCUUUUCACCCAAGUGGUGGUUUAUAUGCUGUCGGCUCGAAUUCAAAAACUUUGAGAGUAUGUGCCUAUCCAGAAGUAAUUGAUCCAAGUGCACAUGAUGCUCCUAAGCAGCCAGUUGUACGUUUUAAAAGAAAUAAACAUCAUAAAGGAUCCAUCUACUGUGUGGCCUGGAGUCCUUGUGGACAAUUGUUAGCAACAGGAUCAAAUGACAAAUACGUCAAAGUUCUGCCCUUUAAUGCAGAGACUUGUAAUGCAACAGGACCAGAUCUGGAAUUUAGUAUGCAUGAUGGGACAAUUAGAGACUUGGCAUUUAUGGAAGGCCCAGAAAGCGGUGGAGCUAUUUUAAUAAGUGCUGGAGCAGGGGAUUGUAAUAUUUACACAACAGAUUGUCAAAGAGGACAGGGCCUACAUGCUCUGAGUGGACAUACUGGGCAUAUUUUAGCACUUUAUACCUGGAGUGGCUGGAUGAUUGCAUCUGGUUCUCAAGAUAAGACUGUUAGAUUCUGGGAUCUUAGAGUACCAAGCUGUGUUCGUGUUGUUGGCACAACAUUCCAUGGGACUGGCAGUGCAGUGGCGUCUGUAGCUGUAGACCCCAGUGGCCGUCUCUUAGCCACAGGCCAAGAGGAUUCUAGCUGCAUGUUGUAUGACAUCCGAGGAGGAAGAAUGGUACAAAGCUAUCAUCCGCACACCAGUGAUGUUCGCUCAGUUCGGUUUUCUCCUGGAGCUCAUUACUUGUUAACAGGAUCUUAUGAUAUGAAAAUAAAGGUGACAGACCUGCAAGGGGACCUCACUAAGCAGCUUCCUAUUAUGGUGGUGGGAGAGCAUAAGGACAAAGUGAUUCAGUGUAGAUGGCACACCCAGGAUCUUUCCUUCCUGUCGUCCUCUGCAGACAGAACUGUCACCCUCUGGACUUACAGUGCAUAGAGUCCACCCGAAGUCAGUCUAUGCAGUGCAAGCACAGAUCCUUAACACUACUGAGUUGUGAAAAUGACAGGUUUGAAGAAUGUGGACUGACCAGGAAGUGGCUUAGCCCAAGGAGGCCCCUUGUUACCAUGUGUCCCAUUGAUAGGAGGUGUUAUUCUCAGUGCUUCCCUGUGCACUCGUGCUGCUGUGACCUGCUGUAUGUAGUCUCCUUGCCAAAGUCUGCGGAAGAGCUCUUAUGUUGUCAAUGUGGACUCCAAGUCAUGGUGGACGACGUGUUUACAGUUUAGUAUUAAAUGCAUUCCUUGGUCUUUGCCUCAAUAACAGUUUUAGAUACACGUUGAAAUUGAACUAUACUUAAGUAUAUAUUAUAUGUAAUGCAGCCAACUUCUACACAGAUUAAACAUUAGUUGUUCAAAUAUUCCUUUGCUCUUCUCACAGUCCCAUGCUAUUGUAUCACUUGUCAGCUAGAGAUGAGGGUUUUAUAUAUAAUCUCUCAGCAAUUACAUGGUUGUUUUCACUGAGGAUCAUCAUUGAGUUUCAAGAUGGAUAGAAAACUGCUUCUUGCUUUGUUAUGUGGUACAAGUCCUUUUUUUUUUCUUUCUAAAUCAAACCAGAGAUAGGAUUAUUAUUUUGUUUCAGACUAAAAGGUAAGUGCUUGCUUCAGAGACUUGUUAAUUUCAAUUUCUUUUGAAUGCAACAAGAUACCUCCCUUGUAAACUGUACUGUGGAAGCAGAGCCACAGCAGUUAUGUGAUGCAACACUUGGUGGCACGGUACUACAUUUACUGGCUAACAUUUUUCCUCCUCAAAAGAAACGAAGAAAAAAUGUUUUUCAUAGACCAUAACACGGCUUGAGAUGCUAUGUCUGCAUGAUAAUUUAAAAUGGAAGUUUUAAAUUUUGCACUCCAAAAGCUUUUUGGAUUUUUUUUUCUUGCACUGUUUUAUGUAAUGCAGAAUAAUGAUUUUAUUGCUACAGCAUUGUAGAUCUUAACAUUUAUGUAUCUUUAUUUUCAUAUUGUACAGUAAUUCUACUUUAAAUUAUUAAAUAGGUUAUUUUAUUUAUUUUAAAUGCAAUUGAGUUGGUUCUAAUUCUUGAACUGUCUGUGCACUGUAUGUAGCAUUUUUAAUCUAUUGUAUACAAGUAGAAAGGGUAUUAGAAGUGUAACUGUGCUAUUAUUUCAAUAAAGACCCCUGGACA